UUGAAAAGCAGGGGCUUCGCUCUGCGCUUUCAUCAGUUUCUUCUCACUCGUGAAGAUAAGAAGAAGUCAUCAUGUCUGGACGCGGCAAGGGAGGUAAAGGUCUGGGGAAAGGAGGUGCCAAGCGUCACCGCAAAGUUCUCCGCGACAACAUCCAGGGUAUCACCAAGCCCGCCAUCCGCCGUCUGGCUCGCCGCGGCGGAGUCAAGCGCAUCUCCGGUCUCAUCUACGAAGAGACCCGCGGGGUGCUCAAGGUCUUCCUGGAGAACGUUAUCCGCGACGCCGUCACCUACACCGAGCACGCCAAGAGGAAGACGGUCACCGCCAUGGAUGUGGUCUACGCUCUCAAGAGGCAGGGACGCACCCUCUACGGCUUCGGAGGCUAAACACCAACAACGACCACAACAACACAAAGGCUCUUUUAAGAGCCACCCACAACUCACUGAAGAGUCCAGUCUUGUUAUGAAAGUUAUGUAUUUUUCAGAUGCAUACAGCUUCACGAAUGAAACUUCUAAAUUACAGUAUUAAAGCAAGAUGGAUGAUCUACAUACAUUAUAGAUCAACAUCUAUAAAUGAUUUGAUUCUGAAUU